AUGGCUUGGCAGGUGAGGGUGCCCGAGCUGCAGGACCAGCUGCAGUGUCCAAUCUGCCUGGAGGUCUUCAAGGAACCCCUGAUGCUCCAGUGCGGCCACUCCUACUGCAAGGACUGCCUGGUGUCCCUGUCCCGUCGCCACCUGGACGCGGAGCUGCGCUGCCCGGUGUGUCGACAGUCGGUGGAUGGUAGCAGCUCCCCUCCCAAUGUCUCCCUGGCCCGAGUGAUCGACGCCCUCCGGCUCCCCGGGGACGCGGAGCCCGCGGUCUGCGUGCACCACCGGAACCCUCUCAGCCUCUUCUGCGAGAAAGACCAGGAGCUCAUCUGCGGCCUCUGUGGCUUGCUGGGCUCGCACCAGCGCCACCAAGUCACGCCGGCCUCCACGGUCUACAGCCGCAUGAAGGAGGAGCUGGCGGCCCUCAUCUCCGACCUGAAGCAAGAACAGAGGAAGGUGGAUGAGCACAUUGCCAAACUGGUGAACAACAGGACCCGGAUUGUCAAUGAGUCCGAUGUCUUCUGCUGGGUGAUUCGCCGAGAGUUCCAGGAGCUGCACCACCUGGUGGACGAGGAGAAGGCCCGCUGUCUGGAGGGGGUCAAGGGUCACACGCGUGGCCUGGUGGCCUCCCUGGACAUGCAGCUGGAGCAGGCCCAGGGUACUCGAGAGCGGCUAGCCCAGGCUGAACAGGUGCUGGAGCAGUUUGGCAGGGAGAGUCACAACGAGUUCAUCCAGAAGUACCACUCCAUGGCUUCCAGGUAA